CCACUUUGGCAGGCGGUGCACCACCACGCCCAUGGCCGUGCACCGGGUCAAGGUCACGUUCAAGGACGAGCCCGGGGAGGGCAGCGGCGUGGCUCGCAGCUUCUACACGGCCAUCGCGCUGGCGCUGCUCUCCAACGACAAGCUGCCCAACCUGGACUGCGUUCAGAGUGUCAGCAAGGGCAUGCAGGCCAGCAGUACGUGUCAUCACGAUUACAAUUCAAAUCUGAUGCAAAGGUUAAGAAACAGAGAUCGGGAGAGAGAGCGGAGAAGUGGAGGGCUUCGAGCGGGAUCUCGGAGAGACCGAGACAGGGACUCCAGAAGGCAGCUGUCGAUCGACACCCGGCCGUUCAGGCCUUCCUCAGAGGGAAACCCCAGCGACGAGCCUGACCCCCUGCCUGCACACAGACAGGCGCUUGGUGAACGGCUAUACCCUCGAGUUCAUGCAAUGCAACCGGCGUUUGCCAGUAAAAUCACCGGCAUGCUCCUGGAGCUUUCUCCUGCUCAACUGCUGCUGCUGCUAGCCAGCGAGGAUUCCUUGAGGGCCCGGGUGGAGGAAGCCAUGGAGCUUCUCAUUGCACAUGGAAGGGAAAAUGGUGCUGACAGCAUCCUGGACCUGGGCCUCCCUGAAGCCUCUGAAAAAGCACAGCAGCAAGAUAACCGGAAGCGCCACGGAUCAACGCGCAGCGUUGUCGACAUGGAGCUGGAUGAUCCAGACGAUGCCGAUGACAACGCCCCCCUCUUCUACCAGCCCGGCAAGCGGGGCUUUUACUCCCCCCGGCCGGGCAAGAACACAGAGGCCAGACUCAACUGCUUCAGGAACAUUGGCAGAAUAUUGGGGCUCUGCUUGCUGCAGAAUGAACUCUGUCCAAUCACGCUGAACAGACACGUGAUCAAAGUGUUGCUCGGUAGAAAGGUGAAUUGGCAUGACUUUGCGUUCUUUGACCCGGUCAUGUACGAGAGCUUACGGCAGCUGAUCCGCCAUUCGCAGACGGGAGAAGCGGACGCUGUGUUUGCUGCCAUGGAUCUGGCCUUUGCUAUUGACCUCUGCAAGGAGGAAGGGGCAGGACAGGUUGAGCUGCUGUCGGGCGGGGUCAACAUGCCGGUAACUCCACACAACGUUUACGAGUAUGUGAGGAAGUACGCAGAGCACCGGAUGCUGGUGGUGGCCGAGCAGCCGCUCCACGCGAUGAGGAAAGGUUUGCUGGACGUUCUUCCUAAAAACGCCCUGGAGGAUUUGACGGCGGAAGACUUCCGGCUGCUGGUGAACGGCUGUGGAGAAGUCAACGUUCAGAUGCUCAUCAGCUUCACUUCGUUCAACGAUGAAUCAGGGGAAAAUGCAGAUAAACUACUGCAGUUUAAACGAUGGUUUUGGUCCAUAGUAGAAAAGAUGAGUAUGACUGAAAGGCAAGAUUUGGUGUACUUCUGGACGUCCAGCCCCUCUCUGCCAGCCAGCGAGGAGGGCUUCCAGCCAAUGCCCUCCAUUACCAUCCGGCUCCAGACGACCAGCACCUCCCCACAGCCAACACCUGCAUCUCACGUCUCUACGUGCCACUAUAUUCUUCUAAACAGAUCCUUAAACAAAACCUGCUAGCAAUUAAAACCAAGAAUUUUGGUUUUGUGUAGAGUUCGACUGAAAGCUGGAAUAAAAUAAAGAGGAAAAAAGGUUGUUGUGUAAUAUUUACCUAGUUCCAUUUUUGUAGAUUCAUUCUUUUUUGUCCAGUUUUAUUAAAUUCAACAUAUGGUCUCUGUCCCCCAUCAGUUAAUAUUUGUGUUCUGAACACAAACUGCAUAUUUUAAUUUUAUAUAUAUAUAUAUCUUUAUAUAUAUAUAUAUACACAUAUAUAUUAUUUUAUUUGUAUUUUUUGUGGUAAUGAAGAGGUCCAUAACAUUCCUGCAUUGGCACUGUAAAAUGUAAAGCCCACCGCUCUAUUCUAUUGGCUUAAACCUUUUGCUUCCCAGGAACUGGGUUUGCCAGGAAGCUGUCAGCCGAAAAUCCUAGCCAAAGAUGACAGCAGCACAUAUGAACAGGACGAAAAAGACACUGUGGUUACAAUUUUGUUUCCUUCCCUAUGAAAGUACUAUCUCUUGACAGAUCACUGCUGCCUUUGUGGAAAGUUUUUUUUUCUUGUACAGGGGGAGUAGGGAAUUUCAAAAUAAACUUGGAUGUAAAUAA